AUGACGGUCUCAGCCGUGUCGACAGUCAGUGGUGAAACGAAACACAAUCAGGAAAAGACCGAGUCCCGGGGCUUGACUCACGUAAAGUCGGAGCGUGUUAAGCGACCCAUGAAUGCCUUCAUGGUGUGGUCACGCAGUCAGCGACGCCAAAUGGGCCUCGAAAAUCCCAAAAUGCACAACUCAGAGAUCAGCAAACGUCUCGGUUCCAUGUGGAAGGCCCUCUCUGAGGUAGAGAAACAGCCCUUCGUGGAGGAGGCGUGCAAACUCAGGGCUCGUCAUAUGGAGGAUUACCCCGAUUACAAGUACCGUCCCCGUCGGAAGCAGAAGCAGCAACAACAGCAGCAUCAUACUUCUCCCUCUGGCAAGCCCUCAAACACCCGUCCCACGCUACCGAAGGUUACAGUUAAGCCCAUGUUUCCGAAACUGCCCUCAUCCUCAGUCUCGCCACCGGGUAUCAGUGAAGCUGACAUGGAGAUGCCCUCCUUCCCAUCCACGGUCCUCUCGUUUGCCCCUCAGUCCUACAACUAUUACCCCCUAGAAGGACACCCCUUUCCACUCGAUGAGCUACCGCACACAAUGGUGCACUUUUGUCCUUCUCAUCGUUUUUCGCAAUACGACAGUGACCAGUUUAGCCAUCAAGCAAAUGCUGGGGGAGGUGUCAUUAACGGUUGUGGUAGUGGUUCUGAUGGGCUUAACGGCGCCACAGUUGGCGAGGAAGCUGGUAACUUCGAGGUAUUUAAUUCACAUACGGUUGAAGGGACGGCGCUGAACUUUCGAUUUCCUGAAACAGUCUGUCAUAUGCACUCUACGUCGCCCUUCGACUUAGCUACCCAUGCUUCCACAACCUGCUUUGAGGGAAACACUUCAAGUCUCCCCGAGCACCGAGCAUUCCCCCCGAGCAGCGCUCAACUAUCCUAUAUUUCAGCAACUGGAAUGGACUCACUACCCUGUCUCCGCUUUGAUUACGCCUAUUCGGAUUCCUCCCGGCCCAGCACCACCCCGGUUGAUCUGUUUACUUCCGUUGAACCCCCGCACAGCCACACGGCGGACACUACUCUCUAUGAUACGUCAAAGUUCCCACAUGUCAAGAGCAGGCUGGCCGUACAGGACAGUUCUGAACUGCGCUUUGCCCUCGAGAAUCCCACUGCCCUUCUACAUCAGCAGCAGCAGCAGUCUGUCACUGAUUGCGGGACAGCAAACCUCCCAGCUCCCACUUUUCCCGUGAUGCUGGCCGCGGGCAACGGAGAUACGCACCCGGCCUACUGCGACUGGGCCAGUCAGUCGGUUGAUACUACAAGCCCCUUUGAGGCUGCUGUCUCUGUCACGUGUAGCGGCAGUUCUGGAGCAGUGAUGAGCAACGGGUCCUCCUUUCCGAGCUACUAUGGAUUCCCUACGCGGCAGGUUGAGGUAUCAGGGCGAACAGAACACGAUGACUACCUACAACCUGCCCAGGCUCAUAGUGGGUGCGGGAGUAUGCGUCUCGGCUGCCUUAAGGAGGACCAGCUGGCCUUCGAGACCAGCGAAACUCCUGCCCCGACGGCGGAAGCUCCUAUGAGGCCGCCACUUUCCAACGUUUCCCCCACCGGCGUCAUGGAUGAGACGAUGGAGGAACAGCGCUCAGUGAAUUUGGAGGAAGUGGCCUACAAAACGCUAGAAGCUGCAGCUCUCCCCUCUAUGAGUCACAUGGCUUCCAGUCUUCGGCUGGGGUCUCGGACUAAUCAGGACUGUCACCAACACCACCACCACCACCACCACCCACUUCAGCCUCCUCAGAACGAACAGGUUCACUGCCAGAGGUCUAUAUACACCUGCACGCCGACCAACAUUUUUCGUCCCUCGUCCGAACAGGGCAUGUUACUUCAGGCCUUCCUCGCAGACCCCUCUCCGCAUGGCGACAUGUCCUCUGAGGGCGGAACCUUCUGCUACCCUAUGGCUCAGGCCUUCACCCCUGUCGAUACGGGGCUCAUUGUCUGA